CAAGGGAGGCAUUCAAAUGUGCCAAGUCAACAUAAUUCAAGAUCCCUUCCAGAGGGGAAAAUGAAUGCCUGUUUCAGAGAAGGCGACAUUGAGGCUGUCAUUUGCUCAGGAAACCAAAAGCUAGAGCUGAGAUCAGUCUGUGGUUUUAGAGGGUGAGGGAGGAGGAGGAUUCAGAGGAGACUGAUUUCUGGACAGCAAUGAGUGCCCGGGCCACACGACCCCGAAGCCGACGAGGGAGGCACGCUCCACCCGGUGAGCUGGACCCUGUGGCAGAAAGUUCAGAGGAGGCUGAGGCGGCCCGUGGGAGUUCUGAGCUGGGCCCUGCGCACUCUCAGGAGAGCUGCAAGCUGGAGCCGCUGGGCCCUGAGGUGGAGGCCAGAGGGCAGGGCAUGGGGAGCAGGACCAACAAAGAAGCUGAUGGGGCCUCUAGCAGGGGGCUGGCUCCAGCACCCGAGGGACCCCAUGAUCCUGCAGAGGAAGCCCACCAUGCCCCAGAGGCAGCCCCAUGGGAUGGGGAGACUGUCCCCCCCAGGCCUGGAGCCCCCGAUGUAUUUCAGACCCUACAGCAUGCUCUGAGCUCACUGGAGGCAGCCGCUGCGGCCUGGCGCCGCAGGCCCCCGAGCUGUGCCGGGCCAGUGGAGGAGGAGGGCAGAAGCGAGGGGAGAACAAGGCCCUGCUUGGAGCAGGACGGGGCAGGGGGCUGCCAGCGGGAGGCGGCCCGCCUGUGGGAGAGGAAUGCCUGGCUGCGUUUGGCCCUGGGCAGCCGUGAAGAUGAGCUGAUCCGUACGCAGGCCUCCCUACAGGCCAUCCAGGCUGAGAAGGACACGCUGCAGAGAGAGGUCCAGGAGCUGCAGGAUUCCCUGCUGAGGCUGGAGCCCUUCCCACCUCCCUCCCGUGGCCAAGCGGGGGGCUUGGGCAGUGGUUCCAGCAGCUCUGGGGCAGAUGAGGAGCCCUGGGGGACUCAUGACCCCUUCUCCCUGGCUCACCCCCUGCUCCGGCGCCUCCAGAGUGAUUCCAGCACCCAGAUGCUUGGGCCUCUCCCCACCCAGCCCCUCGCCCCUGAGAUGCACAUCAUGGAAGCCCAGAUGGAGCAGCUCCGGGGGAGCAUCGAGAAGCUCAAAUGCUUCAACCGCCUGCUGUCUGCUGUGCUCCAGGAGUACAAGGGCCGGUGUGAGGGCCUCAGCAUGCAGCUGGGCCAGCGGGAGGCCGAGGCCACUGCACUGCGCCUGGCCUUGCAGUACAGUGAGCACUGUGAGGAGGCGUAUGGGGCCCUGCUCACUCUGGGGGGAGCGGGCUCAAGAGCAGCAGAGGAAGCCCUCACGAGUGACCUGGAGGUGGCGGAGAAGGAAGCUCAGAGGCUGCUGGCACAAGAGGAGGCUCCCAUGGAUGGAGGGACCCUGAGGGAUCCACAACCAAGCCCCGAUGGCAGCAGUGUGGAUAGGCCCACACCACAGGAGGUGGCUACCCAGCUCCGGGGCUAUGUCCAGCGUCUCCAGGAGCGCCGUGCUCUGGUGAAGAUUCCCCCAGAGCCUGGCCCCACCUUGGCACCCAUGCCCACUGUGCCCCAUGCAGAAGCCAUGGUGCAGGCCAUUCUGGGGACCCAGCUUGGCCCAGCUCUGCCCCGGCUGGAGAAGAUGCAGAUCCAGCAAGACUUGGCAGCCACACGGGAGGCCCUGGCGGACCUAAUGCUGCGGCUACAGCUAGUUCGGCGGGAGAAGCGGGGUCUGGAGCUGCGGGAGGCUGCCCUCCGAGCCCAGGGCCCGGCCCACGUGCUCCUGCUGGAGCAGCUGCAGUGGGAGCAGGCACAGCUCCGGACUGGGGGUGCCGACAGCAGCGGUGGAGACAGCAGUGGCGGCCGGAGCAGCGGAGACGACGAGCGCUCUCAGGGCCCUCCUGCUGUCCCUGGUGGCAGCAGGGACAUCAAUGGCGGCCAGGUGGGCAAAAUGCAGGCCUCAGAGGAGCUGGCCCAGGAACUGGCGGCGUCACUCACCCGGGCCCUGGGCCUGAAGGAGCAGCUGCAGUCUCUGUGGGAGGAGCUGGAACAGAUGGCUCAGAAGGGGCGAGCCAGACGUGCUCAGAGUGCUGAGCUGAACAGUGAUUUAUGCAAGGCUCACAGCGCCCUGGUCCUGGCCUUCCUCGAUGCCCACCGGAAGCAGGGGCAGCGGCAACGGCAACUGGAGCAGCAGGUGGCGCUGAUGGAGGCCCGACAGGCGGAGGAGCUGGCGCUGCUGGAGGCCACAGCGAGGGCCUCGGGGAAGCCCCGGCCGGGGGAGACCUUUCUGUAGGCCCGGCCCUGGCCGCGUCUGGACAUGCUGGACAGCUGUGGCGGGCCCUGUCACAAGCUGUCUGGAGUGACGUUAUGUCACGUGGCGUGACUUUGCUUGUUGAGGCACGUUGGGCAGGAUGGGGGCCGAUGCGCCUGGGUGUCCGGGGCCUGAGGGGGGCGGACGGUCAUUUGAGACAGACUCGGUGUCUCUAGCCUGGCACCAUGUGAAUGGGACACGUUAGCGGGGUCCUGCCAGAAGCAGCCGGGGCUGUGGAGUCAGGGCUCAGGGAGGUGACACAGCCGGAGCUGAGAUUCUGAUGCUCAUCUGUCUCCAGAAGCCCCGGCAGGGGUCCCGGGCACAGGGCACACCUUCCCCUGCCUGCCCCUUCCCAAGGAGCUGCCGGGCUUGACCUGGCAGAUGCUCGCAAGACGAAGAGGCCCACGUCCCAGAAGGAAGACUGAGGCCGGAAGGGUCCAGGGCGUGGAAUGUCGGGGAGAAGACGGCUGGCUCCCGGGGAGAGGGAGGGGAGGGAGGACGGGACACGGGGACAGGACACUCAGAGUCGGCGCUGAGGUAAAGGGCCUCUGGGGUGGGGCACGUAGAAGGUCCAAGCCUGCAAGUGAACUCAGGGGGUUUGUCCCGAGGGCUGAGGAACUCGGGUGCGUGCGUGCUAACGGUGGGCAGCCAGGCACGCGGGGGCCCUGGAGGGCCCCGGCCCAGGCGAAGUUCCAGCCCCACCUGCAGGCCCUGAUUGGUGGCAGUGUCCGCGUCAGGGCCACAGCAGGCGGCUGAUCAGCACAUCAUUUGCGGAGGCCACACCUCCCCACCCGUCCGCCUGGGUCUGCCCGGGUGGCACAGGGGGGCUGGGCGCGACCCGGCUGGCCCGGAUUAGUGGCCAGCUGUCUCCUCCAGGGCGGUAGCUGAAACCCAAGACAGGGAUUAGAAAGGGUUUCCACCCAGCCUGGUGGUGGGGGUGCGGUUCCCAGGCCGCACCUGUGCAGGUGUGUGCGGGCGGCUGCCUCUGCAGGGCAGGGCAAGGGCCGAGGUCAGCCAGCCACCUGGCCUCAGUCUGGUCCUCCUGACCUGCGGACUCCUCGGGUGAGCCCUGGGGCUGAUGACCUUCGGACCCCGAGCACUCUCUCUGGACUGAGGCCAGCUUUGAAGAAAGCACUCAGGCCGCCAAGGUCGCCCGCGACAGGGCAGAGGAACGACCUUACCCCGUCUUGUCCCUCUCCCUCCCCAACAGUCCAAGAGUGACCUUAGCCCCCAGACUCACAAG